AUGAGCGAUUCCCACCUCCACAUCCCACUGCAGCCCAAUGAUCUGCUUGUAGAGGAAAGCAAUAGUCACGUCGCUAACGAUCCAAGCAGUCCCCGGGAUCUUGCUGCCGAUGAUGCACUUGCAGUUUCCAGCAAUGAAACAGCAAAUGACAGCACCAACAUCAAAAGUGCCAAUGACAAUAACAAUGAUGUUGACAAUACUGGUCCAGCAGACAAGCCGACAAAAAGACUAACAAUGCAAGAAAGAUUGUCCAUGGCUGUUGCAAGCAAAAAUUCGAAAUCAAAGAAAAAAAAUAAAAAAAAAAGGAAAAAUUUAAAUAAAAGUCUAUUGCUUUCAGACAAUUCAAUAAACGACCCGCUUUCUCCCAGAUCCUCUAUAUCUUCAAUUCCACCUAAUUUGCAAUCUUUGGUUGAUCUUGACGAAAACAACUCGUCUUCAAAGAUCUCAAUUCACACAGCAAGCGUAUCCAAAUCUCAACUCCAACUUGAUAACCCUAAUAAUGACGUAAUAACCGUUGAUAACAAUAACGACGGUAACGAUAUCAAUACUUCAAAUCAUGAUCUCAAUGAAAACUCCAGCAAUAGAGACAGCAAUAAUAACCAAGAGCUAUUGACUAUAAUAAAUUCGUUAAAUGUUCAAAUUCAGACAUUAAAUAAAUCACAUUCAAUUGAAAUCUCAAAAUUGAAAGAUAAACUCAACUCAACUUUGGACCAAUCCUCAUUUGAAAAAAAACUUAAAGAAAAAGAUGAUCAAAUCAAUGAUCUAUUAAUUGAAGGUCAAAAAUUGUCCAUGACUGAAUUAAAAUUAACAACCUUAGUUAAAAACUUACGCUUAAAAGAACUUGAUCAAAAUGAUUUAAUCAACAAUUUAAAUGACAGAAUCUCUGGAUAUGAUUUAAAAUUUAUUGAACUAAAUGAAUCAAUUAAUAACCUAAAAUCAAACGAAAAAAAACUAAUUCAAGACAAUAGUUUUUACAAAAAAUUUGAAGAAAACUACAACCAACUACUGUCAAAUUAUAAUGAUUUGGACUUAAAAUAUAAAGAUUUAAAAUCAAAAAAUUUUGAAAUUAAAUACAAAAGUCAGUUGGAUUUAUACAAAGAUGAAACAAUUAAAAACGAAAAUUUAAAUAAAAAAAUCAAUGAUCUAACUAUUGAAAAACAAUUGAUUCAAAAAAAUUUAACUAAUCAAUUGAAUUCUCUCACUCUUGAAAAUAACAACCUAUCAUUUCAAUUAAAACAAUUAAAAGAAGAAAAUUCAAACGAAACAUCAAGAUUGGAAAAUAAAUUAGAAGAAUUAAGAAUUAUAAAUGAAAAUUAUGAUCAAAAUAGAAAUAACUUUAAUAAUCAUAAUAAUAGCAAUAGCAAUAGCACCGAAACAAAUAACAGCGAACCUGAUAACCUUAACCAAAAUGAAACUAAUACCAUCACUAAUUAUAAUACCAACACCGAAUUUAGUUCUCUUGAAAUAAAAUAUAAUAAACUACUAAAACAAAAUCAAAUAUUAAAUGAUCAAUAUAAAACUUCAGCAGAAAAUUUUUCUAAGAUCGAAUUAUCAUUAUCAAGCAAAAUUAAUAAAUUGCAAGAUGAAUUAAAUAAUAAAAAUCUUUUACAUUUAAACAACCUUAAAAAUAUACGAAAUUUAACCGAAAACUUAAACUCAAUUAAAGAAGAAAAUAAUAAACUAUCAACGGAAAAAUUCGAGAUUUCUGUCACAUUAAAUAAAAUUGAAGAAAAAUUUAAAAUCAAGGAAGACGAAGUUAAAUCGUUGCAAGAUAAGUUUAAAGAACUAUCUUCAAAACUUAAUAACAACUCAUUAAUUAAAAAUAAUAAUAGUGAUCAUUUAAAUGAAAAAAUUAAAGAAUUAGAACAAGAAAACAGUAGAUUAAAAGACAAAGUUAAUGCAUUACAAGCAUCAUUCGAGCUAAUGCCUCCUCCAAUAGUUCCUCCAAUAUUAGGAAGCAGAAAUUCAUCAGCAUCAAGUUGGAGCGCAGAUUAUUCGGAUCAGUUCAAUGGAACUAAAAAUCCAACUGCAAUACACUCAAGAAGAUCAAGUUUUUUCUUGAAUAAUAAUAACAAUAAGUACAAUGAAAACAAUGUCGGCGUCAUUUUGAGUAAUAGUAAUGAAGAUUUAAAUUCGUUAACAUCACCUACACGAACCAUAACAAAUGGAUUUGAUAGUUCAAGUAUAAGCGUAUAUAAUGAAAAGAAAACUCCAAUAACCCUUGGUACAGGCUCAAUAGGAUCAUCAAAUGUUCAAGUGAUAAGCAGAAUGACAAACCAAAUUCGAUCAUUAAAGACAGAAAUGUUUCAAAUCAAAGAAGAAUUAAACAAGAACCAAAAGGAGAAAAAAGAGGCAGGCAACGAGAUUUUAAGAUUAUUAAAAGAUAAUGAAAGGGUUAAGCAGUUAGAAGCUGAAAAGGUAGAACUCCAGGAGGAGAUCAAGAAAAUAGAAAAACAAUAUGUUGCAAGUUUAGAAAUUCUAGGAGAAAAAAGCGAAAGAGUUGAGGAAUUAAAAGCAGAUGUAAUGGAUUUAAAGGAGUUACUCCGGGAUCAGGUACAGCAAAUUGUUUUGUUACAAGCAGCAAUCAAAAACAAAUAG